AUGUCUCUGAUUGUUACUUUUUGCAUAACUAAUAUUGGUGGUUUCUCAAAGAAAACUAAAGCAAAAAUUGUGUAUGCAGAUUGUAAGUCGGCUCUAAAACCGGUCCCACAUGACAUCGAGAACCCUGUUCCAGUUUCCCUCUCACAUGAUUCACUUGAAGACCUUGACACCCACCACCCUGAUUCUCCUAUCGACGAAGAGUACGUAGUUGAUUCUAAGAAAAAUGAGCCACGCUUGUUUAAUGAAGAAGAUUUGGUCAAACUAAAGGAUUAUACUCGCAGACAUUUCUCAGUUCUUAUGUGUUUCUUGAAAAUGAAUAUGGAGAACGUUAAUCACUUGGACACUGCGAACACAGCGGGUUUUAACGACACAGUUACAGUUACACAGAUAGACAGAGAUGAGAGACCUCUUCAUAUUGAAACAGUCAUUAAACAAAGAUCAUUAGAGAGAAAUAGUUCUGAUUAUCGCUGUGAGAUUCGUAGGAAAACAUUCUCUUCGGAACACGAAGUAUUUCGGCAUAAAGUAAUACACUAUAGGGAAAAACUUUUCCAGUGUGAAGUAUGCGGAAAAUCUUUUGUGUUUAACAGUAAAUUAGCAAGUCAUAAGAGAAUGCACACAGGAGAAAAACCUUACGAGUGUGCAAUAUGUGGGAAAUCUUUCUUUUAUAAUUCUCAUCUUGUUACCCACAAACGUACUCACACAGGAGAAAAACCUUUUCAUUGUGAAAUGUGUGGAAAUCACACCGGAGAGAAACCGUUUCGUUGUGAAUUGUGUGGAAAAUCUUUCAUUAAAAAAUCCUGUCUUGUUGUUCAUAAACGCGGCCACAACGGAGAAAAACCCUAUCAGUGUGAAAUAUGUGGAAAAUCUUUCGUUAAAAAUUCUAGUCAUGUAGAUCACAAAAUAAUUCACACUGGAGAAAGACCCUAUCAUUGUGAAAUAUGUGGUAAAUCUUUUACUCAUAACUCUCAUCUUGUUGUUCAUGUUCGUACUCAUACUGGAGAAAAACCUUAUCAUUGUGAUAUCUGUGGGAAAUCGUUGUCAGAUGGCACUGAUGUAGAAUUCUUUACCUCAAGUACAUCAUCAAUAUGUAUUAUAUAUUAUAAAUAA